AUGAUUGGUUCGGUGAUACCUGUUUUAGACCGUUGAGACUUGAGAGGCAAUUGUGAUCUUAUCCCCAAACUCCAAGAACACAGAAAAUUUCUUGGGGUGGUCUCUCCAAUGGCUUUUUCAGCGACUCUGUCUCAGCUUUCUUCUCUAUCGACAAUCUCCUCUUCACUUCCACUUUCUUCUAGAAGACUUCCUCUUCGACCUCUUUCUCAAUUCACAGUCAAAGCAGAGGCAGAGAAAGAGAAAAAGAGCACACAGGCUAAAUCCGAAGGGGAAGCAUCAUCAGCUUCAGCUCCAACCAAAACCCCUAAAACUCUUCCCAAGAAACCGGUUUACUCGAUGAAGAAGGGUCAAAUUGUUCGUGUAGAGAAGGAGAAGUACCUCAACAGCAUCAAUUACUUAUCAGUUGGACAUCCUCCUUUCUACAAAGGCCUCGAUUACAUCUACGAAGAUCGUGGCGAGGUCCUGGACAUUCGUGUCUUUGAGACAGGAGAGUAUGCACUUGUUGGAUGGGUUGGUAUCCCUACCGCACCAGCUUGGCUACCAACAGAUAUGCUCAUCAAGUCAGAGAAACUUGUUUAUGAACGACUUUAGAGUCCAGAAGUUUCCAAAAAAGAAUCUUUGGGAGUGAAAAUGAUACCAAGGGUUGUGUGUUAAGCUGAGAUGAAUGAUAACAAUGGCACCAUCAUGAUCAUGUCUUCAAGAGUUUGACAAAGAAUCAAUGGUUAUAAAACUGUUGUGGAAUGUAAAAAAUGUGAUCAGAUUGAAUCGUAUAAUAAGAAUGCAGAUUCAGUAGAUGCAUUCCUUAAACCAA